CGGGUCGAAACCCUCGGCAAAAGCCGUGACCUCGGGCGCGUUCGCGGACGCGGCUGCCAUGGACAUAGCACUCGGAAGUUGAAGGUUCGCCUAUGGGCUUCCUCUUUGAAGUGGCCCAGGUGGAGGCUCUGGGCUGGAAGCCACGCUCUUCCGACUGGCGGGGCAUCUACCUGGAGGUCUACGUGGAGAAGGCGAACAAGCGGAAGAUCAAAUGCUGCUGCAGACGCAAGAACACCAACAAGCAGCGGAAGGCACAGACCGCCAUCGAAGACGAAGCGCGCACCAUGCGCUGGCGUGUGCUGAAUAAGGAGGGCUUCCUUCAGGCGCUCUUCGUGCUGGGCGACGAGCGGAAGCGGAGGCGGAAGGGGGACCAGUUGAUCAUCACGGCCGACGUCAUGACGGUGACCGAGAUGGGGCGCCAGGAGCGUGGGGAGCAUGUGGCCACCUACAAGGGCACUCUGCAGGUUGGAACCUGGGGGCCGGUGCUCCUCUUUGAUGACAGCAAGGAUUCAAAAGACGCCGACGAGACGGCGCAGUUCAUCCUUGAGACUCGGCCCAUCUCUGCGCGGCCCUUCAAGCUGGAGAACGCCCGGCCCUGGGACGAGAAGGGCUCUCUGGCGAUGAUCAUGCGGAAAGCGCGUUUCGGGCGGCGUCUGAGUAUGCAGAGCCCUAAAGGCGGAGACAAACUCAGCAAGAAGAAGGGGGUAGAGGAGGACCGGUCCAUGUCCAAGAAGAGCCGGAAAAGCAACUGGUCUGUGGGCUCACUGCUGGCAGCCAGUAGGAGACAUCAAGACGGGGACAGCGAGACGUCAGAUACCUUUCCGGAGGACACCGCCAAAGGCAGCGCCAUGGCCGGUGAGGGGGACGACGCUUGGACCAUCGACCUCAAGCCGCUCACGCGCCUCAAGAUGGAAGAGAGGGGCAAUGGGCACUCGGUGAGCUCUAUGAGCCUGGCGCACUUCAGCAAGGAGGAUGCCGCCAGACAAUCCGGUGGCUACCCAAAGGAGGACGACGACUCCGUGCUGGACAACCAGAUGAGCUUCACCUCGCGGAACUCAAACCAGAUCCGGAAUCUGCUGGACAAGUUUUUCGAAAGCGAGUCUGAGACGCUGGAGCCUGCGAAGCGGAACAACGGCAAGCACUGGCUGCUGCAGCGGAAAAACAUCACCACGACCUCGCUGCUGGGGGUGCCCCUGGAAGAGUGCAACCGCGAGUGGAAGCCAACGGAGUGGCAAAUCAUGUGGCACUGCGGCAAGGCCGAUACCUCGUCUAAGGCCGAGGGCUACGACGUGGUGCCAUUGAUGGAGGCAGAGUUCCGAAGGGACUGCGUGGUCUUCUACAACACCCUCUUCCCCAACAUCGACAGCGGCGCCUUUCAAAUGCUCCGUGAGAUGGCGCUCUCCGGCGACGGGGAUCAGAGGGGACUGCGCAAGGCCGGGCUUCGCGCGGUGGACGUUACAAGAAAGAGUGACUUUAGGAAGAGCGAGCAAGACUCGCCUGCUGGCGGCUGGGUGGGCCGUGUGCUCUCCCGCGUGUCCCAGCGGAGGUCGAUGGGGCGCAUGGUCAGCGUCUUUACUUCGGUGGCAUCCUCGAGGGACCGCCCGAGCGAGGGCUCGCCGAAGGACCAUGAGGCGGAGGACCUGGAGCUGGGAGAUCUGGAUGUCAAGGCCCCGGAGCCCCAGGAGGCCCAGGAGGGAGGCCAAAGCGCCACCAGCAGCACCAACAGCAACUCGCUCCGCGGGGGGCAGGGUCAAAACUCGGACUCGGACACCACCAGCAGCCGCGGCCAAGAUGACCAGCUCUACUGCCUGAAGCUUGAUAUGCUCGACAACAUGGAGCAGGCGCGGUACGUCGUGAUGCCCCCCAGAGCGCCCGCCACCGGCCGUAAGAGCCACUCGGACGAGGAGGGCUCGGAGGACUUUGCGGAUCUGCCGGACGAGGAGCACGUGGAGGUGGGCAGCAACCAGAAGGGGCGGCGCUCGACCCGCGGGGAUUGGCUCCAGGGGGUCGAGACCGAAGAGGAGGCGGCGGAAGCGAAGGACGACAUCAGAAACAGCCAAGAGCUGAAGGACCGCCCGCGCCUGCCGCGGCGCAAUUCCAAUGCCUCCGUCUACUCUGUGGCGGAGAGUCUGACGUUGUUCCGCGCUCGUGCCACACCGCUGCUGGCGAAGCUGCCGAAUGGCCAGGUCUGCUCCAGCGUGAUGCACGACCAGGUGGCCCAGGAGGUCUUGGAGAGCGGCGCUGAGCUCUUCAUCGACGACUACAGCCCGCGGAUCAUGUUCCUGAAGCGGCUCUUGGUGUGCUACGCCCUGUGCGGUGUCUACUACAGCGAGGCCGGGAACACGGAGCAGCUCGGGGACCCCUGGCCUUAUCCAGUGGCCUCGGUGCUUGGCCACGGCUCCAGGGUGUUGAUCCGCCUGGAGGACGUGGAGAGCUCCGAGUUCCUGAACUACUUGCUGACCGGGGACCCUCACAUCGUGGACUGGAAGGAGAGUCGACCCCCCAUCCCACUUCAGAAGCGCAUCGCGGCCACGCACUCGGUGGAGCUCAAGGAAACGGGGCAGAUCGUGGAGAAGAAGCUCCGCGUCACCAACGCGGGGUCCAACAUGCAGAAUUUGCUGGACGGCAUCCGGGGGAAACACAUGGGUCUGAACCUCCCCAUCGGCGGCGCCGGGAACCCGUCGCCGCUGGGGCCUCAUUGCAUGGUGGGCCUUCGGGGCGAUGUGCUCAGCAGGCGGAAGGAGGAGGAUCGCUCGCUGAUCUCGCGGCUCUGGGGCUUCAAGAAGUCCGAGGACAACACAGUUUUCAACUCGGAGAGCUCCAACGAUUCGAGGCCCAGUCAGGAGGCGCAGGAGUGGAAGCUGGAGCGCCGGGUGCAGGGGGGCCACCUCUACAUCCGCACCGAUGACUUCGGCAUGGUCACCUGCUCUCGAAGCUCCGGGGCGGUCACCGCGGAGGACGAGCAGAGCAUCUUCAAGACGGACAAGGACUCUGCACACGAGCGAUUGGCCAAGGCGCGGCAGCAGGUGGAGCUGCGGAACGACGUGAUGGCCGGGGAUCUGAUCUUCCCGCAGCACGUGCCCCAGCUGAACACCAGGAAAGUGCGCACGGCGGCGAGGCGGCACCUGGGCCAAUUCUCACUACUUCGUGUCUCCUCAGAGCUAAGCCUCGGGGAGAGUGUUGCUGAGGGAACGGCCGAGGACAUCCUUUGGUUUGGCCAGGCGCUGGUGGCGAGGCAAAACACGCCCUUGGCCCUGCCGCCGUCCGCCGCAGCGCUGAAGAUGCUCAUUGAGCACUAUGACCCCAUCAAUGCCCAGCUGUACGGCACGGGGAAUUUCAAGUCCAUCGAGGCCUUCCGCAAGGAGUUGUCCUCCGGGGCCUCGCUCCUGGCGCGGUCCCACAAGGGCGGGCUGCAGCGCUUUUGCCAGCCAGUGAUCCUGCAGCUUCGGUUUCGAGGUUGUGUGCUCAUGAAGAUGGGCGAGUGCCGGGAGCACUCCGAGGAGUAUGUGUCGAAACCGGCCUUUGCUGUGAUCAGUGCCGGCUUGACUGAGCAUUGGCGUUCUGCGGUGAUGCGCAUUUUUCAGAGCGAGCUGUGCAUACGCCAUAGCAUCAUCGAGGCUUUGACCCCCGCCGCUUCGCGGGAGAAGGAUUGCCUUACAGUCCUCACAGAGACCACGAUGUCGCCUUCGUACCCGGGCAUGCCCUCCGUGUACCGCACUCACAUGGUGUGCUGGGAGGUGGAUCCGGAGCAGCUGAGCGUCUUGGAGUCCAACGGCCUCACCUUCCCCGAAGGCGAGACCCUGAGCGCCAGCAGCUCCUCGGGCCUGCCCUUCGGCUGCCACUUUGUCACCCACAGGAACGGCACUGGCAAGAAGAUCUUUUGGCGCUGGGUGCCCUUCUUCGAGGCUCAGAAGCUCCAGCGCUUCGUGAACCUGGGAGAGGCCACCGCGGAUGAGCGCUGGGCGCGCUAUGCGUUCCAGAAGGAAGGCGUGGUGCAAUUCCCGCCCACCGAGACGGCGCUGAUGAUCUUGUUGCGGCGCUGCGGCAUCGACGUGGCGAAGUUCGGCACGGAGCGGUACAAGUCGCUGCGGGAGUUCUGGCUGGACCUCACCGGAAAGGAGUCCCUGCUGCAGAUGUCCAAGGGCAAGCCCUUGCGACUAGCGGACUCCACGGUGGUGCGUUUGCGGUGGCGGCCUCCGGGGGAGAGAGCGUUCCAGGUGCUGGUGAAGGAGAUCCUGAACGGCAACGGCCGCCGGAAGCUGCUGACGCGACGAAUGCUGCACGGCGAGACCUGGGAGGAGUCAGCUCUGCACUGCAUCGAGGAGGACUUAGCGAUGAAGCCGAACCAUGGCAAAUACUUGCUCGGGCAGCGCUCCUUCGACAAGAGCUCCUACACCUUUCUGCAGGAGCUCACGGAGUCCGAUCGCUACCCCGGCAUCAAGUGCUGCUACCGCACCCACCUGGUGUCUUACAUCGUCAAGGAGGAGCUUGGCGCCAUAGUGACACAGAGGAGAGAAGGCUUCCCGGAGGAACCCACCUUGCUGCAGGGCUUGCUGCCGGAGACGCUGACGGGCACCAGCCCCACCAGCGACAACCGGGACAGCCGGGAUGGCCAGGGCCGCGAGAAGCUGCAAAUCCCGCAGCCAUCAUAUACUUCUCCGCGAACACGCGCAGAGUCUGGCUCUGAGAUGAUCGCAUCGCCUACCUCUGCCACAGUCACUGCGGAGCGGACGACCGUCACCAAGCAGCGGCUGAGCCUCAAGUCUUUGCCCAACUUUGUUUGGCUGCCCGAGAACAUGCUGCAAGGCGUGAAGGGUGGUGACCUGUGGGAGCAAGCGCAGAAGCACCAGGAGCAGCAUCGCGUGUGCUCCGUGCUGCUGGGCUUGGAGGGUACGGCGCCCCAGAUGAAGAGCCCCUUCGGCGUGGAGCACGACGGCAGCGGCAAAUCCGCGCCUAUCUCCGCCUUGGGCAACUACAAGUGGAGCACCUACCGCUCGAACAACGCGCUGCAGGUGCCGGCGGACCACGGAGGUUUGCGCAUGAACAUCACCAAAGCCAUGUUCGAAGAGCUCCGCAGUGCGAGAAGAUGGACCUGUUGCACCCCUCCCUGGACCUCACCUUGGAGCCCAAGGCUCCCAGGGGCCGCGAGCUGCUGGAGCAGCGCUUCGCGGAGCGCGAGAUCUUCAAGCGGAUCCUCUCCAGCAACGCUGCAGAUGCCCGCUCGGUGAUCGAGUGGAUGGACGAGUAUCGCUCAAUCAACAAGACGUUCCGCAUGAAGGUGGAGGCGGUAACGGGGCCUUCCCACGAAAGCCCUGUGGCCCAGGUCAUGAGAAGAGACCGGAUACUCUCCGAGGACAUGGCCUGCGAUCUUCGGGAGCCCUCCCCAAAGCUCCCUUCUCCCACGUCGGGUAAGAUGUCGGAGUACGUGGGCUGACAUCAGGAAGCAGAUGCGGCUUGGGGAAUAUCCCGCUGCAGCCGCUGCGGGUUGCCGCUUGAGCGCAACAAGCGGCGAGCGCACUUCUUUCAAAAGCCCCAGACACCCAGUGAGUUCCUUCCUUUAAUUCCUUUCCUUUGGAGCUUUCCCU